UCGGGCAUGUGGAAGCCAGAGUCUAGACUGAAAAACUUCAUGCUACGCCGAACACAUUAGGCGUAGUAGCAAAACCAUGGCAAAAUUUUCAGUGUUUAAACAAGUCACAGCUCCAUCAUGUCUGAUGAUGAGGACUGCAUCCCAGAGCUGGUGCCUGCUGAAUAUGCUCCUAUCCCAGUGCUCAUCAUCACAGGCUGUCUGGGAGCUGGAAAAACUACACUGCUGAACUACAUACUGACAGAGCAGCAUAAUAAGAGGAUAGCUGUCAUCCUAAAUGAGUUUGGUGAAGGCAGUGCUAUGGAGAAGAGUCUCUCCAUAGGCGAGCAAGGCAACAUGUAUGAGGAGUGGCUGGAGCUGAGGAAUGGAUGUCUCUGCUGCUCAGUCAAGGACAACGGCGUGAAGGCGAUAGAAAACCUGAUGAAGAAGCGCGGACGCUUUGACUAUAUCCUGCUGGAGACUACGGGACUGGCAGACCCCGGACCGGUCGCCUCCAUCUUCUGGCUGGACAAGGAGCUGGGUAGUGACGUGUAUCUGGACGGAAUAGUUACGGUUGCUGAUGCCAAGAACAUACUCAAGGCGCUGAGUGCGGCCGAGGGCGAGGCGAAUGACGCGUCCCCGCAGACGCCGGCCAGGCAGGUGGCGCUGGCCGACCUGCUGAUCCUGAACAAGACGGACCUGGUGACGGCCGAUCAGCUGACGGAGGUGCGGGCCCGACUGCGGGGCAUCAACGGCGCCGCCCGCCUGCUGGAGACGUCACGCUGCAGGGUGAAUCUGGACUUCAUCCUAGAUCUUCAUGCUUAUGACCAGGUGGACUUUCAGAAUGUAGAAAAACAAUUCACUUUACCGGAAGGAACACACAUAGACAAGACCUUGAGUACGGUUACUCUGGAGGUCAGUGGCAGCGUGCGGCAGGAAGACUUCGAAUCGUUUGUGCACGGUCUGCUUUGGGAGAAGAACGUGCUGAACACGAGAGGUGAACCGUUGGAGAUGCUCAGGAUGAAGGGUGUGGUGAGCGUGGCCGGUCAGCCGCGGCGGCUGAUCCUGCAGGCGGUGGGCGAGAUCUGCGACACCGAGUACACCAGCCGGUGGCGGCCCGACGAAGCCCGGCUCGCGCGGCUCAUCUGCAUCGGUCGGCACCUGGACCGCGCAGCGCUGCGCACUGCUUUUGAGUCGGCAGUGCCGGUCCAAGCUGAAGACUCAUCCGCUGUGUGACGUCAUGGCUGGCGGUGUGACGUCACAGUCCGCCAUAGCUCGUUUUUUGCAUUGGUCUUGGACAUGUCGCUGUUCGCUGUUGCCCGGGCCGGAUGUGCGCCGUGCGAAAUCGACCCGUGAUUGGUGGAUUUAUAACAGAAUAUUUAUUAGACAUUCUGCAGGACAGGUUUACAGGUUGCAUGCUAGCACCUCCAGGGUUGCUCCCUGCCUUCAUUCAUCCCCGGUCGGAAGAAUGGUGCUCCUCAGUUACUGAAACAAGCCGGAAAGGUUGACAACGCACUGAGCCUCGCCAGCGGACCUCGUUAACUUCAGCCAUGGCGUAACCAGCCGCGACGCAUCCUUGCGUCUUGGCUUGGGCGUCGGUCCGACGGUGAAUCAAUAGCCGCUUGUCAAUGGUGUUCAAGACCAUAACGUAAGCCAGCGAGUUACCGCGGCGGGCUUCGGGGUCCUGGGACUCUUGUAUGCGCCGCCACCUGUAACUUUGCAACGGUGAACAUGCGAUGGUUUGUGGACUGAACGUGAGCUUUCUUCUUGCUGACAGUGAAACAUCUCGCCCGAGCACCCCUCAUCUUUGAAUGGUUUCCAUGGUAACUGAAGUGAUGUGUUGGACUCACCGAGUGAACCGUGGAACUUUUGUCUCCUGUCGCUAACUUGUGUGCAAAUGGCUACUUGUGGCAUCCUCAUAACUGCGGAAUAAAGACCAAGACUAUAAUGA